AUGGGUGGAUUUAUUUCAAAACCACGACCACGUAACUCAAAACCUAAAAUCAUAAUAAGCCGAAGCCCUUCUACCAAAGAAUCCUCUCGCGCUUCCUCUGUAAAUUCCGUGUCAUCGUCCACUUCCACUAACACCAAUAAUUCAUCUGGUAUUUUCCGUGAAGCAUCAAAUACAGCAAUAGAUGGAUUGCAGGUUCUUCAUUACAUGUUCAGAGGUUUAUGGGGAAACAAUUAUUCUGCACCUGUUGCCGACAUUUUGAAAAUAGAGGGAUCUCGUGUCCUUGAUCUUCG